CAUGUUAAUUCUAAAAUAUGACAAAAUGCAGCACCAGCUGUGGCAACUACUACUACUACUACUAUUUCUAUGCUUAACCCUACAAAGCCCGGGGACGACGAGUGGGGCACUAAUGAGCAACUAUCAGGUGCAGUCGAACUAUGAAUUGUUGGGAACUGAUUCGCGUUACAUAUCAUAUCAAGACCUAAUGUCAACAGCCAAACGAUAUUACGAUCCCGAAACGACUUGGUAUUCCGAAUUGCUAUACGAUGUGGCCAGAAAGCAGGUUAUUGUUGGUGCUAGAGACACCUUGUACCGCAUGUCUUUCGACUUGGAGCCACUGGAGCAGGCCAAAUGGGAGGCGACGCCGGGGAACGUGCUCUUGUGCCAGCAGAAAGGCCAGUCGGAGCGCUGGUGUCGCAACUAUGUGCGCGUGCUCCACAGCUACGGUGAGAACCAAUUGUACGCGUGUGGGACGAACGCCUUCCAGCCAAGCUGCUCGUGGCGCCAGAUGGAAAAUCUGAACGUCACCCAGUUUGAUGACGGUGUGGUCAAGUGCCCCUUUCAUCCGCAGGCCAACAGCACCAGUCUUCUGCCCUCCAAUGGCAACAUGUUUGCCGGCACAGCCACGGACUUCUCCGGCAGCGAUGUGGCCAUCAUUCGCGCACCCGUCCAGUCCAAUGGGAUGAAUCGCAAGCGUUUCCUGCGCACCAAGCAAUACAACAACAACUGGCUAAAUGGAGCUCAGUUUGUGGGCAGCUUUGAGGCGGGCAAUUUCGUCUACUUUCUGCUCCGUGAAUCCGCUGCGGAACACAUGAGCUGUGGCAAGGCAAUCUACUCGCGCAUUGCGCGCGUCUGCAAGAACGAUGCUGGCGGGGAUCAGGUGCUGCGCGACAAUUGGACAUCGUUCUUAAAGGCGCGCUUGAAUUGCUCCCUGCCCGGUGAUUAUCCGUAUUACUUUGAUGAGAUCCAGGGCAUGACGUAUGCUGAAUCGGAGCAUGUGCUCUAUGCCACAUUCAGCACAUCUGGCUCCAGCAUAUUUGGCUCAGCCGUUUGCGCCUACAAUUUGAGCUCGAUAAAUGCGGCUUUUGAGGGCGCCUUCAAGCAUCAGGAGCACUCGGAUGCCGCGUGGAAAACAGUGAAUACGCCACAGCGCAGCCAGUUCCAGUGUGCCAGUGGAGCAACAGCUUUUGGCCAUUUGCUGGAGAGUUCACGUUACCAGCUAAUGGAUCAGGCCAUCCAACCGAUUGGUGCCCAGCCGCUCUACCAUUCACGGCUGGAGCGUUUCAAGCACAUUGCUCUCGACAUUGUGCAGACGAGGAACGAGCAGCUGCACGUGCUCUACGUCUCCAGCAGUAGCAAUCACAUCAAGAAGCUGUCGGUUAAGCACGGCAUGGAGGGGAAGACGCAAACGUGUCUGGUGGAGAUCUGGCAGGCAGAUGAUACGGGCAGCAGUGCCCUGUUGCACAUGUCCUACCUGAAGGUGACCGAAUCGCUGUAUCUGGGCACGGAUCUGGCUCUGACAAAGAUACCCGCUCAGCGUUGCAGUCGUCAUGUCUCCCAGUCGAGUUGCUUCAAUGCCAUGGAUCCCUAUUGUGGUUGGAAUGAGCUGGUUGAGCGCUGUACGCCACUAGAUCCGGCCGUGCAGCAGCCGUGGCUACAACCGGAGCAGUUUAGCUGUCCGGUGCUCAAUGCGCCCAUCGAUGGCGGCUGGUCUAGUUGGUCGCCGUGGAGCGAGUGCGAGCAGCAUGAGCAGCCCGACAGCAAUUGUUUGUGCCGGCAGCGCAACUGCAAUAAUCCACAGCCACAACAUGGAGGUAGCUCAUGCGAGGGCAUCAGCACCCAGGUGACGAACUGCACCCUGCAUGGCGGCUGGACGGGCUGGUCGGAUUGGUCGCCCUGCUCCCAGACCUGUGGCAUUGCGGUGAAGACGCGUCGUCGCACGUGCGGCAAUCCCCGACCAGCGCAUGGGGGACGCAUGUGCCUGGGGCCCGAGCAUGCCGAGAUGUAUUGCAGCCAUCUGCCGCCCUGUCCGGUGGCCAAGCCAACGGCCAUCGAUGGAGGCUGGGGACCGUGGGGUGAGUGGAGCGAGUGCAGCGCUCAGUGUGGCGGUGGAUUCCGCAUGCGUCGCAGGGAAUGCGACGAUCCGCGGCCACUUAACGGUGGCUUGGAUUGCCCCGGUUGUCGGCUGGACUACGAGGACUGCAACAUGCAAAGCUGCGCCGAGGUGCAAAGGCACAGCUCAUGGACACCUUGGCUAACGGCAUCGCCGGGCAACGGCACCGAGCUGCGUGUGGAGAAACGAUAUCGAUUCACUUGUCGCGCCACCAGCGCCGAUCCCAGCUCAGUGCGCAUCGGCCAGCUCAAGGAGGAGACGCGCAACUGUCACCAGGACGGCAGCUGUCAGCGGCACAGCGAGCACAACGAAGCCACCGAUUCCACGGACUCCGACUGGUCGCCCUGCAGUGUCAGCUGCGGCGGUGGCACACAACAGCGUCUGCGUGGCCGCAACUCGAAGAGUCGCGCCUGCAAUCUGCAGCCAUGUCCCACAGACGAACAACCAACGGACAACAGCAUCGAUCAUCAGCUGGGCCACGAGUGGAGCUGCUGGUCGGAGUGGUCCAGUUGCUCGGUCACCUGUGGCCUGGGAGUGCGAAGGCGCACUCGCAAAUGUCUGGGCGGACAUGAGAGACUCUGUUCGGGGCGGCCGCUCGAGGAGCAGAAGUGCGAGAUGGUGCCAUGUGAAGACUUUCUCGGCUGGAGCUCUUGGAGCGAAUGGUCAUCUUGCUCAAGUGAUGGCAUCCGUCUGCGUCACCGCCGUUGCUUAGUGGAGCAGCCCACGUCUGUGGAAUGCCGUGGCGCCGAGUUCGAGAAGACUGCCUGCGUGCCAGGCGAAUGUGAUGAUGCUCAAAGUGCGUCGAGCGCAACUCUGCCGAUUGUCAUCUGUGUGUUAAUAUUGUUCACCGUGGCUUGUUGCUUGGCCACAUAUCAUUUUACACGAAGGCGUUUCCUGCUGAGCGCCGAGGAGGCACUCAAUAAGACGACGACAACGACGGCCAGUUUCGACACGUAUCCCAAUCAGUAUUCCAGUCUGCCCACCAAGGACUACUAUGAUCAACGUCCCAAGCGUCAGUCCAGUUUCCGUAUGCCAGCGAAGAACAGCAAUAUUGCCAGUGGCACGCUGAAUCGCAACAACAUGCACCACAACAACACACCCAAGGUGCUGGCCAAGACCUACAACGAUUGCGAGACGGGCACCCUGAAACGUCAGUCGGCGCUCAACAAUUGCCGCACAACCAUCGACGAUGAGAAGUUUUAGCCUAAAGGAUCUGAGGAUGAGGAUGAAGGCCCCCUCUCCCAACUAGUGCCAUUGUUGCCAUGUGCAAUCCAAAUGGAAAUGUUAUAACGACAACGAAAACAUUUUGCACAGCCAGCUUGCAAAAAGUUCCUUCUCUGACUCAUAUUGAGUCGUUUUAUUAGACUAGUUUAGUUAGUUGUAGUUGUAUGUUUAUGUUAAGUUAGUAUUAUUUAUUAAUCUUAACGCUUAAGGUAAAAAAUUUGGUCAAUAAUUUAAACUGCGACAAUCAGAAUUUCAAUUGAAAAUUUGUAGAAAUUGUUAAAUUGUGUGUUUAUAAACAAGCUUGUUUUUUAUUUUUUGAAAUGUCUACUCAGUAAUUUGUAAAUUAUUUUGUCAAAUUAUUUACAUAAAAUAAUUGUUAGUUACUAAUCUGCUUUUAUAAUUAUACGAAAGCAAGACUGAAUGUUAAAUUUGUUUUGUAAUUUGCCCAACCCAAAAUACUGCCAUGCAAAAUUGAAAAAAAAAAAUGAAGAAAAAUACCCCGAGAUGUUGAGUACUCGUAAUAUACGUAUAAUUUAUCAUAUUGUAAAGAUCUAGCCGUAAGAAAACAAUACGUAAAAUCGUAAACCACAUUUGUAACAUUAUUUUUGAAAAGUAAAAACUGUUAGUUAAAUGAAA